AUGGAUAAAAAGCUGCAGGGGAGGCCAACGCAAAUCAGUAUAGUCACAUCUGUCCUGUCACAGCAAUUGGAUCGGAAGUGGACACAUGGUGUAAGUCACCUCGAUCAGCAGGAAGGUCAGACUCUAAACAAGACUGCCCUUAUUGUUGACUGGAUUCAAUGCUACCUAGAGUUUCAAAGGUUUUCCUUUACCAGUCUCCCGGGGCUUACUCAAGUGCUCCAGACUCCAGAGUUGAAUUUGCCUCUGACUUGGUCGUUCCUUCCUUCUGCCGUGGGUCCCCCUACAGAAGAAACCAGGCCUGGGACAGGAGGGCCACCAUUGGCUAUACUUUCCAGAUGGAGGAAAGCGAGCUCAGAGCCGUCACAGAACUCAGAAGAUCGCACAGAACCAGAGGGUCCGGCCUGGAAACGCGACCGGGCUCGGGGACACAGGGGAGGGGUCCCACUCCUGUCCUCGGCUGAACUGCAGUCACUAAACUCACCGAGAUGCUCCCGGAAACCGAACUUGAGACGACCUGGAAGUCUUGCCCUUCUCAACCUGGCCCGUUGUCAGAUCUGGAACCUCCGAGGGGCAGGGGAGAGGCUGUGCGGUGACAAAGAAAAGCGACGGGUCGCUUGUUAUAAUUCGGGGGAGGAAAUCAAGCCCCAGCACUGUGCACUCACUGCAGGUUCUCAAAUGUUUCUCAGGGCAGUUUUUCUUUUUCCAUUCGUGGUUUUCCGGCCACGGUCAGAGGAGCCGUGCCCUUAGUUACGAUGCCGAAACUUCUCACUUCUCCAUUCCCGGGGCUUCCUCCUGGGUGACCAGCUGGCUGACAGCUGGCGAGCUCUCUGCGGACCUGAGAAGUCACUCCAGGCAGGAGGUGUCACCGGAUUUCAGGGUGCUCUGUCUCUGGGGAGGCCGCAGGGCCCCGAGGCCCCUGGCCCUUCUGGGUCUGCCCAGCCCUCCCGUGAGGAUGCCAGCCUGCCUGCCCCUGGAGUCGCAAACUCAGUAAACAGACCGCUGAUCGUUGCCAAACGCGUGAAUCAGGGAAGGAUGGAUAUACUGACAGAGGAGAUGUUGGUUUUCCUCCAAAAAUGAGUGAACUAUUUGGGAAACUGAAUGAAAACUAGAUCUCUCCGGGGCGCCUGGUGGCUCCGUCAGAUGAGCGUCCGACGUGGGCUCAGGUCGUGAUCUCGCGGUUCAUGGGUUCGAGCCCCGCGUCAGGCUCUGUGCUGACAGCUCAGAGCCUGGAACCUACUGUGGAUUCUGUGUCUCCCUCUCUCUCUCUGUCCCUCCCCCGCUCAUGCUCUGUCUCUCAAAAUUAAAGGAACGUUUAAAAAAAUUAAAAAAAAAAAAUCGGAUCUCUGCCCUAGGUCGUGGAAUGAGCCAGACCUCAGAGCCGCCCAAGGCGCCGAGAGGAGCGAAUGCCACACUCCCUCCCCGUUUGUGGGGGAGGCAAAAUAAAAGCAGUGCUGAACAGACAGGCAGCUCCAGGAGGGCCUGAUGCUCAUAAAGAAUAUCACGUUCAUCGCCCCUCCCGCAGUCUUGUCCUUUUUGUUGGACGAAGCCAUCGAGGUUAUCGGUCAAGUUGCCUUUCUGAUUUCCAGCUUCGGUCUCCAGGGUCUGAUAUUAAGUGCCUUGCCAGCCUCCUAAAAAUAAAAGUCCCAAACUGUUUUUCAGCUUCUAGCUAAAGGCCUCCACUCCGCUCCCAUCAUUUGUUUUCCUAACCUAGAGUCACACGCUAAAAGCAUGUCGCACGGCCAUCUGCGCACAUCUGUAACGGGGCAGCACAGGGGCCUAAUUUCUACCUUCACGAAUAUGCACCUUGAACCCUGUAAUGCGGGGAGACCUUAUUUUGCUGAAGAGCUGGCUCCCCUCCAGGUAGAGUGAGCCCACAGGCACACCUCCAACCAAGUCGGUCUCAUGAAAGGCUGCGGAAUGAAGGAGGUCUGAGCACGGUAUCCGUGUGACGUGAGAGGGAGAAGGGAAGGGGGGCUUGUAAAAAAAAAAAAGGCACCCCCUGCCUUCCCAUUCAGCAUCUGUCUCCAUGAUCUGCCUGCAGAAUAUUCUGCACAGAGAGGCGUGGAAGUCUGGACAGUUCAGUAAACUUUGCACACAUGUCCGAAAUAUGCAGAAAUGCACUUU